GAAAAAAUAUCAAUUGUUGGUAAGCAUAUACAGGAUAUAGAUAAUUUAUAUUUGAUUUCAAGUGAAACACUAAAAAAAAAAGAAACAACAAAUGAACCUCCAGAAAAAGAUAUAUCAAACAAAUCCCCAGAAAAAGAUAAUUCAGAUGAACCUUCAGCAAAUGAAGCUUCAUCAGGCGCUGAGAAA